AUGAGGACAGCUUCAGUGUUGGCCGCCGCGUUGGUGGCGGUCUCGUCGGUGGUGGCUAGCCAGGGGGCGGCGAGACCGAAGUAUUAUUUCCCGCGCCAUGUCAAGCGGCAAGUUACCAACGGGACCAUAACGUCGCAAGAAAGCUUGUCGCCAAGUACGUCACCGGAUUUGACCACGAAGGAGACGAGCUCGGAUUCAGAGUCAGACUCUUCGAGUGACUCGAAUGUGACAACGGUCGUUAUCACGAGCACGUCGGCGUCAUCCAUCGACAACACAUCUGACAGUAGUUCAACAAGUGCCUCGUCGACCGAUGUUUCGUCCGGUAGCAGCUCAACGAGCGAGAGCUCCACCAGCUCUUCGCCGACAAGCACCAGCAGCUCUCAAACUUCAACGUCUGAGCAACCUGCGACUUCUCAGCAAACAUCGACGUCUGAGCAACCCGCGACUUCUCAGCAAACAUCGACGUCUGAGCAACCCGCGACUUCUCAGCAAGCAUUAACGUCUGAGCAACCCGUUACAUCUCAGCAAGCAUCGACUUCGGAGCAAUCCGUGACUUCUGAGCAAGCGUCAACUACCGAUCAAAUCGCCACUUCUGAACAACCGUCGACUACUGAGCAAGCCGAGCUUCCCACCCCUAUAAUUACGAGCACGUCCUCAAUUCUCCUGGCCCCCACCGGCAUCGUCACGUCGUCGAGCGCAACCGAGUCUAGCGGCCCGAUUAGUUCCGUGCUGAGCGAUAUCAGUUCGAUCCUGUCAAGCAUCCUCGACCCCGCUAUCACUGGACCUGGCACGGGUCUUCCGACCGGGCUUCCGUCGACCGAGCUUUCGUCAACCGAACUUCCGACAUCGACUGAGUCGCCAAAUACGGGAACGUCGACAACACCCCCUGAGAGCACUAGUACUACUGAAACGGGGUUGCCUCCUAUCACGAACUCGACUACCUCUGCAGUUCCGUCGGGCACCGGUACGCAUACACCAGAGCCCCCCCUCAGCACAACGACGACCACCCUUGAGCCAAGCGGUAGUACGACCGUCUCUGAACCGCCGACAAUCACCUCGACAACUUUCUCCGGCAACACUUCGAUACCGACGGGCAACAGCACUUUGCCCCCUGUGACAUCCUCGGAGCCGCCAACAGCAACUACUACCACUAGCUUCUCAAGCCUGUCGAGUUUGUCCAGCUCUUCGACCACCAGCGUGUCUCAGGAAACCAGCGGCGUCACGAGUAUCCCCGACUUGGGCACCACUACCAAGUCAGAAGCAUGGCUUCCCUCAACCAUCCUGAUCGCCCCGACCUCGUCAACGGCCUCAGGGACGGCAUCGACGACAGCGAGCGGCAUCCCAUCAAGCUUCCCCUCGCUAAUUGCGCCCAACACUCCAGUGAGUCAGCCUGAUGACACGCAACUGAUCCAGAUUGGAUUUCGCGAGGGGUACAACUACCAGUUCUUGGUGGCCGACGACCGGGCUGCGGCUCAAAUCUUCACACUGCUGCCCCAAGCGCUGGCCGAGGCGGCCGGAUUUGAUAUCAGCAAGGCCCAGGUGAUGAAAUUGGUUCCUCUGGACACUCAGAAGUCGCUGGGCUACAUCACGACCUGCGCACACGUAACGUAUCCGAUCAGCAUGGUGGAGACGCUGUCGAUCGACAUUAAGCUGCCCAACUCACCCCUGUACAACAGCGACAACCAGCUCAUCUACAACCUCACGCAGCAGAUAAACCCGGCAAUUCCCAUCUUCAUUGGGCAGCUUCCCGACGGCGUGAGCGGCGGCUCCGGCAGCAAUUCUGGCGGCAACAGUGGGGGUGGCGGCUCCAACAGCGACCCCUUUGGCACCGGCGGCAAUUCUGGUUCUGACGGCCAGAACAGUUCGCAGAGGGGCACGACUGCGGGUAUCGUGGCGGGGUCCGUUGCAGUUGCCGCGGCGUACGGCGUGGUCAUGUUUGUGGUGGCGCGGCGGUACAAGCGGAAGAAGCAGGCCCACCGUCGGGCGAGCUCCAUCACCAACAGCAAUCCGUCCGACAUGAGCGAGGUUGGCCGCGGAAGCCCUGCUCUGAUGGGCGGCGCCUUGCUGAGCCGUGACUUCACUGGCAGCUACGGCGCCACGGCGCCGGGCGGCCGGGAGAGCCACGGCAGCGGCAGGAGCGGCAUGGGCAACUCGGGCCGGACGCAAUUCAUAUCAGCGCCCGUCGCGGCCGAGAAUUCGCUCGGCUGGAACUGA